UUUUAGGUUAUGUUUACAUUCUACAGUAAAAUACAAUAUUAUAGAAUAAACACCAAAUUAUAGCAACCUCUGGUUGUUACAAUAACACUAUGUCGAAAACACCCACUAAAAUAGAUUCAACUCAUGUAUUUAUUCCUAGAGAAAUCACUACACCCAACAAGGACCAACAAGGUGUAUCUAAAGCCGUGUUUUCACACGUUUCAAAACUGCAUGGCUUGCUAAAUGACUGGAUAAAAAUGAGAGAUAGAGGUGUUCGGCUGUGUAGAGCUAUAUCUGCCCUUAAGUUACACGAAUGUGAAGAUGAUUACUACCCGAGCCAACUAAAAUCUCUGAUGGAAAGCCUCCUAGAUGCUCUGGAGGGUAUUAAAAAUAUUGUUGAUGGUGUAAAAAUUUUAAACAACCAGCUGCAAGCGUUAGCAAACUUACAACCCACUGAUGAUCCUGUAAUAUCCACUUGGUCCGUCAAAAGAAUAUCUGAUACUGUUAGAAAAAUAUAUGAAUCAUUAGAAAAGGAAUACAGACUGAAGCAGGUUAUCACGGAGAAUGUGGCACACAGCAGAGAUGAGAAGCUGAUAGAAGUAUAUACGAGUGCGUGGGAAUUUGAAGCUUACUUCAACAUUGAAUCAAAUGCUUACUUAUUUGCUGAAGUUGGUCUAGCUGGUGUGACGUAACAAUAAUUACUAUUAAGUUUAAAUGUGUGAAUUUGUAAAUAAAAUGUUGAAUAUACAAU